GAGAUUCGUAGUAGCGUGGGUGGUGUGACACCAUGCUCGCGGAACCACGUCGAAAACAAAAGAGCAUAUUAACCCCAAAUGCUGGAGGAAAAGAAUGGAGCCAAGAUUUGAACAAAUAUGGGCAGAGAAUGCUAGAAAAAAUGGGUUGGACGAAUGGCAAGGGCCUCGGGGUAAACGAACAGGGUAUGACGAAACAUGUACAUGUGUCGUUUAAAAAUGAUACAACAGGUAUUGGAUAUAAAAAUGUAUCAGAUGAAGCAUGGACAGAACAUCGAGAUAACUUUAAUGAUUUUUUACAAAAGCUUCAAGAAAAUGAAAAUUAUAAUGUAGUGCAAAAAGAAGAAAUUUGAAGGACUUGGCAAAUAUAUUUGGCCAAAAACAAUUGAAUAUAAAUGAAAAUAGUAAAAAUGAAGAGGAUAACGACAACAAAAAUUCUAAUUCAGUUGGUACUCAUGAUGUUAUCGGAAAUAGUAUUAUUACUAUAAAUGGUGGUAAUAUGACAGAAUAUUUUAUGAAAAAAAGUCAGAAUUUGUCUUCAGCAUCAAAAUAUAAAAAACAAGAAGAGACUGAUGUAGAAAAAAAAUCUGAAAAUGCUGAAUUUGCAUCAACAUUUAGAAAAGUAAACUCUCACGAUAAUGAGGAAAUAAACAAAAUCAAAAGUACUUGUAACUAUGCUUUUGAAAAUCCUUGUGUUGAACUAAAUAGUCCUGAAAAUAUUUCAGAUAAUAAUGAAUUCGAAUUUUCUAAGAGAAGAAAGUCUAAUGACAAUGAACAUUUAAAUGACAUGUUAUAUUUAAAUAACAAAAUUAAUAAAUUUAAAAAUGAUAGUAUAAAUGAAAAUAGUUAUGCAAAUGGUAUUGUAAAUGCCGGCUUAAACUUAGAAUGUGAAGCUAAUGAAAUUUAUAACGGGGAAGAAUUUGAAGUAUCUAGAGUACAGUUUGGUCUUACCAAUUCAGCUUUAGAUUUAAGUGAUGAAGUAAAUGAUAAAAAAAGAGUAACAUUUAAUGAUCAUGUAGAAUAUAGUACUGAUUGUGUAAAAAAGAAAAAGAAUAGAACUACAUUAGACAAAUUUGAAGUUGAAAAUAAAAAAGCUAAAAAGAAAAAAAAACAUAACUGUACUAAUAAUAAAUCUGGUUGUGUUAAUGAAGCUUUGGACAUAGAAACAAACGAAGAAAUAUAUGAUAAUGAAAUUAACGAACGUAAAAGUAAAAAAUCUAAAAAAAGGAAAAAAAGUCGCCGAUCGAAUUUAGAAACUAUAGUAGAAAUAUCAGAAGAGAAGGCCUGUGAAGAUGAAACAGAGAUAAAACGAACUAAGAUGGAAGAUAAUGUACCCAAUAAUUAUGUACUUGAAGAUGUUUCAAAUAGGAAGAAGAAAAAGAAAAAGCACAAGAAUAAAAUACAAGAUGCUAUUGAGAAUAAGUAUGAUGAAAAAAAUAUAGAAAAAGAAACAAUAUCAGACACAAAUAUAAUGCUUGAGGAAGAAAAGUGUAAAAUUGCUGAAGAUCAAGAAAAUACUCAAAAGAAACAAAAAAGAAGUGAAACAAAAAAAAAAAAGAAGAAAACUAGAAAAGUCAGAGAUACUGAGUCAGAGUUAAAAAAAAACGAGGAUGUUAUUUCUGUAACUGAAACUGAAAUUAACAACGAUGUAGAAAACAAAAAAGCUAAAGACGAUGAUAUUGUAAAUGAUCGUAGCUCUGAAUCGAAAAAUGUAAAAGAUGAAAAAGAAAUUUCGGAUAAAGAAAAUAUAAAAGAUAUGGAGAGAAGUGAAAUAAACAAACCAAAGAAAAAGAAACACAAAAAAUUAGUAAAUAAAUCAACAAAUUAUUCCACGGAUAAUAUAAAUAUUACAGAAGAAAGGAGUAGAGUAUUUACAAGUACAUUUUUAAACAAUUUUCGUGACGAAAUGCUAAAUAUUUUUUCUGAUUCUUGGAAUGAAAAAAUCAAAAUGUCAAAGAAGAUAUUAACGUCUUUACUUCACGGAAAAUCAGUUCUAGAGUUUCCAGGUUCUAAUGUGUAUGAAAUAAAAGGAUAUGGUACUGGUAUAUGUCAAAAUGUAUCAAGCUUAAUAGAAGCAAUUGGAUUUUAUACCUUGAAACAUGGACCAAUUUCAUGUUCUAUUUCUUCUACAUCUUCUGCAUUAGCUUUUAUUGCAUCUUCCAUUGCUUCUUCCAAGGUACAAUCCUUAGAUGCUAUAAUAAAACUUGCACACUCGAACAUGUGUGAAAAUGUUGAAGAAUCUAAAGGUUUGAUACUAGAAAUUAUAAUUCCUUUUAAUGUAGAUGUUGGCAUGUUAACUUUUUUUGCAUAUUCAACUAAAUUUGCUAAUUUUGCAUUGGUAUAUGGAUUUGGGUCGCCAGUUUCUUUAGAAAAGGAACAAAGUUUACAUUAUUUUAUUCAAAUCAAAAUGCAAAAUUUUAAAAGGUCAGAAACACACCUACUGCCACAGCUUUCAUUUUAUAAGAUAUGCUUUUAAAUAAUAUUGAUCUUGCAAUAUCAUUGGUUUCUUUGGUAGCUUUAAUAUUUUUCCACUUGCUAUGACCAGCAUAGCGUUUAGUUUCUUGAAAUAAGAUAUUUCUAUACUUAAUAUAAAACAGUAAAUUUCGAAAGUUCAUUGUAAAAAUAGGUUAAGAUAAGGUUAUGAUAUCCAGUCAGCGUCAGUGUCAACAGCAGGGAAAUUAUUUAAUAUUGACAAUGACUUUAAAUAACAACUGAACGUAGUGUAUCUAUUCUGUUUUAUUUCUACAAUUAUGUAGUUUACCACUAUGUAAUUGUUACCAGAAAUUAAAGUAUAUUUGCUAUUAAAAUUUUUCCAAAAUAAUGAUGUUAUUUAGAUUAAAUGUAUUUAGACAAAUAAAUUAAAUAUUCAUAUUCACAUUAAUUUAACGUGUUAUAAUAUAUAAAUAAUAUGUACAAAAUCAUAAUAAGUAAAUUCGAUGCAUAGCAGCAUAUCACGUGGUCAUAAAUCAAGGAAUAUAUAGAAUCUACUGUGCAAUAAAAUCAUGAUUUCCGUGAUUUGUUUCAUCUUUUCACCGCUACGUGGUGGUGAUGUUUCAGUGUUGAUAAAUCGAUUAAAUUUUCAUUUGUAAAAAAUUCAAGAGGAUUAAUUUGUGAACCUUUGGAGUUUGAUUUUAUUUGACGACACAACUCUGUUUGUUUUUAUUCGAUUUGAAUUUCAAAUUUUAUACCAAUUUUUUAUGCGAGUGUACUAAAUGUAUAAUUAAAUUAAGUUCUGUAAAUUUAUAAAUUAUGUAAGUUAUUCAUAAGUUGUGUUAUAACGUGGUCGUAUAAAGAGCAUUGCAUGUAAGUAUUGCAAUAUUGUUUGUGUUCAUGAGAGUUAUUAUUUGAUUAAAAUUAAUAUGUUUGUAAGAAUAUUUGAAGAUUUGCGAUAUUAGUUGUAUAAAAGUUAAUUAUAAGAAAAAUUUACGAAGAUAUUAUACCGCUUAUAAUUACUUAAGUAAGCAAUACAGAUUAAUAAUUGCAAAAAUAUUAUAAAAUUUUAAAAUUUUUGUAACUCAUAUAUUAUGAAAAAAUUUCAAUAAACGUGAAAUUAAAAGCAUUUAAUAAUCUAUAUAACGAUGACUAAAUAUCAUUAAAAAACUUUGAUAUCCUAAGCGAGAUAUUCGAAAAAUGGUACUGUUUACAAAUUAAUUGGUCAAUAGAUCAAUAGUUUUGAUUUUCAGGAUUUUACAAUUAUAAAAAUUUUUGUAAUUUUUUUCUGAAUAACGCACUUAUAAUGGCAGUUAUUGAUAUAAAUAAUAAUUUUAUAGAAAUGUUGUAGUAGGAUCUUUCUUAUAUGAUGUCGGUUUCAGUAUAGUUAAUCAUUCAAGUGCAAGAAUAUUGGCGUACAUGUCAGAGGUGAUAGUAAUUUUAUCGUGGUUUUUGAAAUUUAUGAUGAAAAUAUUUAAGUGUCGUAUUCUCUUUUUACUAACUCUAUAAUCAUCUGCAAACAAAAAGAUGUCAUAAUUAUCAUUAUUCAUAUUACGAAAUUGUCACCAGCAACAGGUAUAAAUAACCUAACCUGCAGAGGGAAAGUUUUUCGCGCAAUUUUGAAAUAAAAUAUUUCUUAUCAAUUGAAGAAAUUGUGCGUUAAAGAAUCAUGGAUAUAUUUAGUAAAUGAAAUUAGAACCAAUAAAUAA